AUGGCGAGCUUCAUGUCCAAUUUCUUCCAGGGCGGGAAGGACAAAGCGUCCGGGGACGACUCUCUCCGUCCUGCAACGCCAACGAAAAAGGUCAACAACAGCUUCAUCAAUCCGCCGAGCACGCCUCAUGGCAGCCCCAGCAAGAAGACGGUUCCACCCGGUGCACACGAUCUCCCGUCUGCCUUUGAGAGCUCCAUGUCGCUCAAUUCGUCCGGCAUCGACGCGCCGGUAAAGCUUACUCGACCUCAGAGCGUGGUCACCCCGCUCUCGCCUGGCAAAACAAAUGUCCAACCGCUCGACGAGUCCAGCAUCAAUGUUGACGAGAGUGUCAUCCACAAGGCAACUUCUCCAGGCAGUCCGUUGAAGAAGCAAGGCCAGGAAAACACACCGCCUGUGUCGAGGCUGGGAAAUGUUGAUUCUCCCGCUCAGCACAGUCAUGCUGCCAAGUCCCGCCAACAACUUUACGAGACUAGAGACCGACAAAUGACUUCGUACAAGAAGUUCAACACGUCAAGAGGCCUGACGGCUGAAGAGCGAGAGAUUCUGCAAAAGCCUGGCGUCAAGAGAUUAGUCAAUGUUACACAGCUAUACUUCCUCGAUUAUUACUUUGACCUUCUCACCUACGUUGGUUCGAGACAAAAUCGACUGGCCGCUUUCAAGGCCGAAUACCCUGACCCCCCGGGGACGGAUGAGCAGACUCACAGCCAAAUGUGGACUAAAUACGCGGGACGCGAGCGAGCCAACCUUCGCAAGCGACGGGUGAGACUUCGCCAUGGCGACUUCCAAAUCUUGACACAGGUCGGCCAGGGUGGCUAUGGUCAAGUUUUCCUUGCUCAAAAGAAGGACACGCGCGAGGUGUGCGCCCUCAAGGUCAUGAGCAAGAAGCUCCUCUUCAAACUUGACGAGGUUCGUCAUGUUCUUACCGAAAGAGACAUUCUCACCAGCGCCCACAGCGAGUGGUUGGUCCGUUUGCUAUAUUCAUUCCAAGACGACAAGAGUAUCUAUCUUGCCAUGGAGUACGUGCCGGGCGGUGAUUUCCGCACCCUGCUUAACAAUACGGGUGUUUUGUCCAAUCGACACGCACGAUUCUACAUUGCCGAGAUGUUUUGCGCGGUUAAUGCCCUCCACGAGCUCGGCUAUAUUCACCGCGAUCUAAAGCCAGAGAAUUUCCUGGUAGAUUCCACCGGCCACGUCAAGCUGACCGAUUUCGGUCUAGCCGCCGGUGUGCUGGCACCUUCACGAAUCGAAUCUAUGCGAAUCAAGCUGGAGGAGGCCUCGGAAACAUCUGUGCCCUUUGGGAAGCCGAUGGAUCAGCGAACGGUGGCAGAACGUCGUGAGAGUUACCGUAACAUGCGACAAAACGACGUCAACUAUGCCAAGUCUAUUGUUGGAUCUCCCGAUUACAUGGCACCCGAGGUUCUGAGGGGAGAGGAGUACGACUACACGGUAGAUUAUUGGAGUUUGGGCUGCAUGCUCUUCGAGGCCCUGACUGGUUUUCCGCCAUUUGCCGGAGCUGUGCCGGAGGAGACGUGGCGAAACUUGAAGCACUGGAAGGAAGUGUUGAAAAGACCCGUGUGGGAAGACCCCAACUACUUCCUCAGCAACCGCACCUGGAACUUUAUCACCACCUGCAUCAACUCUCGCACUCGUCGGUUCUCGAAUAUUCAGGAUAUCUAUAACCACCAGUACUUUGCCGAAGUUGAUUGGGAAACACUGAGACAAACCAGGGCCCCCUUUGUGCCGGAGCUUGACUCGGAGACGGACGCUGGCUAUUUUGACGACUUCAGCAACGAGUCAGACAUGGCCAAAUACAAGGAAGUGCAUGAGAAGCAACAGGCCCUGGAGCAAAUGGCUGAGCGCGAAGACGAAAUGAGCAAGAGCCUCUUUGUCGGAUUCACGUUCAGACAUCGCAAAUCAGCCAACGAGGACGGCGGCAGCCCGCGCAAGCGCAUUUCCACCUCGGAUAACGAGCCCUUUGGGACCAUGCUCUAG